ACACACAUUUCCCUAUAGAGACAAACACACACACUGCCCUGAGAAAAGUACCGGAACAGCAGCAGUAGCCUUGAAACAGAACACCUUGUUACCUCACUAAAUGUCCUGAUAUCACCUCCUCUUUAAAAACACACAGGCGUAUUUCCCACAGCUGCAGGUAAGGGUGGCGUAUCAGCAGCAGGUAUUAUUUCAACACAUAUUCGUAAACAAAAACAAAGAAAACAAUGUUCACACCUUGAAAUGCAAAUACCCUGCUUCCCCUCUCCACUCACUGAGACACCGUUUCAAAUGACAUCCGCUUGGUAAAAAAAGACUAAAUAUCCAGAUACCAGUACGAGAUGACAGGGUUGAAGGGCAACGCUUCCUUUUGAACUGCAUUCAUUCGCUGGUCCACUCCAGCAAUGGAACCCGACAAAGAGUCAUAUAAAACGGCCGUGUCCCAGCUGUAAAGGCAGCAUGUGUGCUCUGUGUCAUUGGCCAGAAACACAGAAUACAUCUAUGUAACAAAUAUUAAGAGAAUGGGUCAAUUGUUCUGUCUCUGACCAUUCCCAGCCCAAGGCUCUAUUGUGAGUAUUGUACAACAGUCAGGUUAGGCUCACUUGUUUACACAGUUCCUUCAUUGUACACAGGUAUGCAGCUAUGUGAACUACAAGCACAGAUGUUGGAAAGUAGAAACGGAGAAGAACAUCUGACUGAAUAUGGGUAUAAAAAUAACAUUAGAAUGAGCAUGUGUUACUAUAUCAGAAUAAAACUCCAAACAGUACAUAGGUAAGAAUAGUAACUAGUAUUUAAAGAGGGGCAGCGUUCAGUUUGACAGAGCGUUGUUCGAAUUUAUCCGCAGUAAAAAAAAAGCUUGUGAAUCUACAAUUGUAGAUGCUAACGCAGCACAUGCACACACAGUGCAAACUAUAUGAACAACACAAAAAGCAGCAUGCAUUUAUUAUUAGUGCAGAAAAUGUGGGAAAGUCAUUAACAGAAUGCUCUUAAUUAUGGAUCGUUAAUGAGUCAAUUCCAUUUUGUCUUAUUAUGGGAAACCAUGCAGUCUAAGUGUAUACGAACUCUACUCCUUGACAUUCUAACAGAUAUUUGAUCUCCCCAAUGUGGUGGAACAUUAUGCAUUGACUGGCUCACUCAUGCUUUUUGAAUAUGAUCCACAUCUGCAGUAAAAUGAAAACAUAAAAUCAUCCCUUUCAGGUACUGAUAAAAUAAAAUAUUAUAAAUAAUUAUUAAUAGGGACAGACAAAGGAAGAAUGCACUUACGCAAGCCCUAAACAUGUUAUCUUGUAAUACAGAAAGCGAUACUAUAUCUCAACAUAUUUACUUCUAAUCUACAGCUUGGAAGCUUUUUACUGAUAGAUUGUUCCAUUACUGCCAGUGUUCAUUUGUGGACACAUUCAUUAACAAUACCCCCUGCCUGGAAUAACAACUUCAGUGAAAGUUCAAACACUCCUCAAUAAUAUGUAUAAGUACACAAUAGUACACGUAUGUGUCUUUAAACAAAGUCAUAGGGGCCAUAUCAGGCCAAAAAAUGAGCAAAACCCAAUCAAUUUAGAGGUACACAUUUCAACUGAGUAGUCCCCAGGAUACAAUGUGUCCCAGAGAAAGCAGACCUUUUGCUCCCUAGGCGGCACAAAGAAAUGAUUACCAGGAUUAGUCAGAUUAGUUAAAGUGCAGCAGCAUGAAGGAACAUUUACAUAGCUGCUAUGUCCCCUUGAAGGGCAUUGCUAACCCUCAAGGAAUUCAGCCAAUAAAGGACACACGCUGUGUGUUGCUACAGUAGGUGGUUGAGAGUCUCACUGCGAUAGGGGCCAGGGAACAAUUGUCUGUAAAUUCUACAUAUUUUGUACAGCUGGGUCACUUCAAACAAGUUUCAAAAGCAUAAAGAAACGUACACAAGGGUGGCCAUAAUCCAACAAGAGUCAUAAAAGCGAUAAAUGACACAAGUGUUUUUUUUUUUUUUAAUUCCCUUAUUGUCCUGAUGUUGAGGUUAGCACACCACGUAGAACAGCAACAUGCAGGAUGAAAAACUGCCCCUUACCCUGUGUGGCUGCUAUUUUAUGUUGUCGGACAACACGGAGGGGUUUCUGGAAUGCAGUUGGCUGCCUUUUACUUUACAAAGCUCCGGUUUCAACUGGGAUGAUGCUAAAACCAGUGUGUGUUUUAUCUCAUUUUUCACUUGAAAUAAAUAAAUCAUAAUUUGAAUGCUGGGAAAGCGCAACACUUCUCACCCUGUAUGUGCUGAAUAUUACACAUAUUGCACAGGAUGCCCAUAAUGUAGAACCAUCUGAACCAAAACAGCAAAAAAUAAAACUGCCCCCCUCUCAAAUGUAGGGUCAACCAGAGGUUAUUUAAUCAUUAAGCUCUAGCACUCUGCCUGGCAGUGGUGGGUGCAUGUACUGUAUUUACAGACACUCUCACUCCAAACCCAAGAGACAAGUUAAAUAAUCUCAAACCAGCCUCGCUGCACAUGGACGAGGGGAGAAAGACACGUUAGAGAGAGAGAGAGAGAGAGAGAGAGAGGUUACAAUAUACAUACAGAUUUAUUACUCAGCAACCAAUGCUACGCUUUAUUGAAUGAACAACUGCAUGUGACAAAUUAAAAUAUACAAAAGUGAGGACACACACACACACACAGUUUUUCAGAGACAGAGAAUGUACCCGCUGGAUGACUGGGUGACUUAUUCUCUUUUAAUUGGGUUAAAGACAUUAGUUUUAAAACACACCCCCAGCCUCAUGAGGAAACUACCAAUAAACAAGUCAGGCAGAAAGAAAGAAAGAAGAAGACAGUAUUCAUGUACAACAGCAAACAAAACAUCUGGAGCAAGAGGUGAAAACAGAGGAAGCGAAAAGCUGAAGGAAUAUAUUGAUACAGAGCAGCAUUGAAUAUUUAAGUGGGAUUUUUUUUAAUAUUUAAGAAUAGAAACAAAGGCACAGGCCAGCUGACUGACUGACUGCUGAGUCACUGAAUCAUGUUGCUCCUACGCACCUGCUGCUAAUAUUCAAUCUUUCCUUUCGGACUGGGAUUAACAUUUUCAUCAGGUAAUUUUAGCAACGCCAAGUGGGGCUGACCUAUUAUGAUCCAUCUUAAUGCUGCCAAGCUAAGUUUCCUUGUCUGUUUGGGUAUAUGUCUUUGUACCUUAAUGUACAUGAAGACCAAGGUGCCCAGCCCACAAACGGAGGAAGCAGUGUGCGGGAUUCACCCCAAUGAUCUGUGCAUCUCUCUUUUCGAUGACAAGGAGCUUGGGAGCGAAUGUCUGAAGCUCCACAAACUGGAAUCGCUUCUGUUGGGAGCCAAGCUGAACUGCUCCCACUUGGCAGAGGACCUGCAUUUCAUUACCAGCCCUCUAAGCAAAGAGGAGGAAGAGUACCCCCUGGCCUACAUCAUAACCAUCCACAAGGAGCUGGAUAUGUUCGUAAGGUUGCUCAGGGCCAUCUACGCCCCUCAGAAUGUGUACUGCAUCCAUGUGGACAAUAAGUCAUCCGAGGAUUACAAAGCUGCCGUCAGGAGUCUGGCUGACUGCUUCCCUAACGUCUUCCUUGCUUCCACCACGGAGAAGGUGGUAUAUGGAGGAUUCUCCCGGCUUCAGGCCGACAUUAACUGCAUGAAGGACCUGGUGCGCUUCCCGGCGACCUGGAAGAAUGUCAUAAAUCUCUGCGGUCAGGACUUCCCCACCAAAACCAACUACGAGAUAAUUCAGAAGCUGCAGGGCGAGCAGUGGAGGGGGAAGAGUAUAACGCCUGGGGUGAAGCAGCCACACACCAUGAGGUAUAGGACAGAGAACCAACACAAAGAGAUAAUGAACCCAAAGGGCCCCUACGUGCAGCCGCUAAACUUGAAGAAAGGGAGGCCCCCACAUGACCUGGCCCUCUACUUUGGGACAGCUUACUAUUCUCUCACACGGCCAUUUGUAGAAUUCGUCCUACAGGAUCAGCGCGCAAAGGAUCUGCUGGAGUGGUCCAAGGACACCUACAGCCCAGACGAACACUACUGGGUGACACUCAAUCGUUUACCAGGGGCUCCGGGAGCAAACCCAGAAGCAGGAUGGGAGGGCAACAUUCGCUCAAUAAAAUGGAGAGACCAGGAAAAAAUGGUGCAUGACGGGUGUAAAGGGCACUAUAUUCGUGACAUCUGUGUUUAUGGACCUGGGGACUUGAAAUGGGUCAUAGAACAGGACAACAUGUUUGCCAACAAGUUUGAUCUGGAGACCUAUCCUCUUGCUGUGGUCUGCAUGGAGCGCUGGCACCGCCUUAAAGUCCUGGAGCAGGCAAACAUCACCAUAAACCCUGCCUGGCAGCUACAGGAGGAGGGCUACAUCGGAAUGAGCUUCAACACUUCUGUAUAUGCUUCUACACAGGAAGCCACUUGAAAGAUUUUUUGAAAGCUUUCUUAGCAGAGCAGAAAUCAAGCAGAUUAGUAGUAUUAUUUAUUUAUCGUUGUUACAAGAUUUAAAACAAGGAACAUAGGGUUAAGACACCCAAAGAAAUUACAAUGGCAUACUGAAACGCAUUGCACUUCUUCAUAAACUGAAAGAUUACUUGCAAUGCUGAGAAAUGUGUAUACAGCAGACUUCAAAUUACAUUUGCCCCCAAAAAACAGGAAUGUAGAAAAUGUACUGAAUAUUAUUAGUAAUAGUAAUAUUUAUUUAUUUAAAAAAAAAAAUGAAGUUUUACUAUUUUAGGGUAAACAAUAACAAACGUGGUGGAUUUUUUUUGUAUCCCAAGUGGCAUUCAGAGUUUAAUAAAGCAAGAGAGGGGGGCUUUAUUAAACCCAGAAAUAAAACAAUGUAUAUAUUUGUAAUUAUAUUUAACUAAGUGGGUUGCUUGAUUAAGUACUGUGUGGAAAUUGAAAUAUUUUUACCGCUUGCAAAAAGGGAACAGCCUUAUUAUACCACCAACAGCAGUGUAUAAUAAAGAUAUAAUGUAAAAAUAAAUAAUAAUGGAAGAGAUGUAUGAAGGUACUUCUUGCAAACUAAUUAUUUAUUACCACCUUUCACAUUUGAUUAAUUAGUGUGCACUAUUUCGCCAAUGGCACAUAUAUGUUUAUCAAUAAAAUUUCUAGAUACCA